CAUAAACUUUGUGAUAUUAUUGUUGAUUUAUCGACUGGCUGAUAAUACCAAAUAUUAUACCCGACAUGCUAUCGUCUCCACCAUCCCCCAUCAGAGCUCCAUUGACCAUUUCUACCGUCGCAAAUGCACUCGUAAAACUACGACGGAACACGUCAAAGACUGAAUUCAUCGACUCUACUUCGGGCGAGCCACAGACUCACCCCUUACUGCGAGGAGAGGGUGUUACGUCAAAACGCAAGGUCCCACUGGUGCAGAGCGACCUGUUCUUUUGUAGGGAUGCAGUGGAUGUUCCAAAGUUGUUGAGGGGGUCGAGAGCAAGCUUGUUGGAGAGAGCAGAGAACAUAGGUGCGAAUGUAUUGGUAAACGAAAGCUGGGAGUGUUCAAUACGUGUACCAAGGGACAGACGACACGGAUCUUACAAAGUUCAGGUCCGCUACAACGCCUCGGCUUCGCGAUCGUCCCUCCCAGAUCCUCAAAAACCAGUUGCCUUAGACCGAGUCCAGAAUGUAUCAGGACUCAUGACAAUCGUGGACCGCGAAGAAGUGUCACUAUGAAAGUGCAACGCCGGAACUCGUAUGGUAAUCGUCUUUGCAAUCCUUUCUCCUGCAGUCAUUCUCGUUAUUAUAGCCGCAUCACCAUAAUCGCAUGCAUUGUACUCUAGCAAUCACCGUAACAGUCUAGUAUUGUAUUCAUCUCAUUUAUCUCUACUCCACCCUCUUUCAUCAUGUUUUCUCAGAAGCCACUGCGACAUUUACAUAUCGUU